AUCGUGUAGAGGAGCCAAUAAAUAAAACGUAUUGCAUUGAUUUAAUUUCUCUUUGUUUGAGUAACAUUACCAGAAUGUUUAGUAGAGUGAAAAAUACGUAAUUUUAUUAUUAUGGAGUCUAGAUUAACUACCGAAUUUCAUGCCUCAGCGACAUCUCACAACCCUGUCUCCGAAAUCGUGAAAGAGAUUGAUAAGGAAGCUGACUGGCCAACAACCUCAGGCCUGCAGGAUAGCAAUUGUAAUAAUCAUGUUACCAGCAAGGAAGUCAACCAAAGCGUUAUUCAUAGUGCUGAAAUUAGUAACACCAGUAACUCAGUUGAGUCAAUAAAUUCAAAAUUAUCCCGUUUAUCCUACGCAUCACUCGGGACAGAAGAAUUGGGAGAACAUUUUAAUCCCUUCAAAGUCACAGAGACACCAGAUGCCUAUGAUUAUGAUCACACAAAAAGAAAAAAAAUUGAUCUGUAUGGGCCAGACAUUGGGCCCAAAAUAUACAAUGUUCAGGGAAACCUAGUGACUCCACCGAUUAUUGCAAAAAACCUUCCGGAUAUGUUUAAUGGUCUUCCAAUUUUUGGUCGGCCCGCGCCUAAAGAAGAUAUUGAAGACUUUUAUUCAAGAAAGAUAAGGGAUUUUGUUGGCUGUGAUCUGAAUGAUGAACAGUUUAAAAAUCUUGCCAAUGAGUGCAGUCCUGAUUUGCUAAGGACUGGCAGUGAACUAAAAAUGCCAACCUCAGCGCCCUCGCUAUCCGUUUUCGCCGAGGAGGAAACCAGAGAGUACAACAAGCAACACAGCAACCUGAGCAUUGUGAAGAAGCAACGGUUACGUAUGGCCAGCGACGUUAAUGCCAGUUGCCAGAGAAUGCUGAAGUAUAGGGGCACACGGCUCAUGCCACUUGCACAGGCUGAAGAUGGAGAGGAAAUUCCUGAACCAGACCUAGAACCUGGCAGAGAUAUAAUCUAUGUUGUGCGGAUAUAUAGACCCUUCCCAUACAAUAUUAAGGAGAAACAUGUGAGCAGCCGGCACUCUGUAUUCAGCCGCUGUAUAGUGCUAGCGGGCCGCCAGCCGCUGUCGGAGCUGCGCGACAGCGUGGUGUGCGCCAACGACGCCGGCUCGCGCGUCGACGUGUCCGCCGAGCCGCACAAGCAGCCCGCCGCUGCAGCCAAGGACCUCUUCCCCUCCGGGUUCCUGUUUAUCAACAACGUGUUCUACGUGGACAACCGCCCCGGCUGCUCGGACCGCAGCGCCGGCCUCCGCGCCUGGGCGCGCACAAGAGGCCUCGGAGACUUUCAAACGAAGGACCUACACUCCACUAAACUAGACGAUCUGGUCGUGCGACUGGGACAUCCAGAGGUCUACGUCCACCAAGGCAACUGCGAGCAUCUAUUCACCUUCUCAGAAAUCCGUCUUCUCAAUCCCGACGACCCACUCUCAAUCCAGCAGUACCCGGCCCACACCGCUGUCUCACAAAACCAGACAGUCUACUGCACAACUUGUGCUGAGUUCGGAGCCAAAUGGGUUGUAACCAAUUGCUCCAACGUCCCCUUUGACCCGGCUUACUUCUGUGAUACAUGCUUUAAAUUAUUCUUAUAUAAGGAUGGGAAGAAAAUUGGAGAUUUCAAGGCCUUUUCUUUUAGAGGCAAUGAGAUUAAUAUGCUGAAGCCUUCGGAAUGAAAAACGCUUCAGUCCAUAUACAGUUUGAAUUUAAAACAGGGUUAGCAUUACCAUUGAGUGUUGUAGGAUUUUGCAGACCUGUGAGCAAGGGUAAACCCCAUACAUGUGUACACUUGUAUAUUAUUGAAAUGAUAUCUUUAACAUAGGCCUAAAAAAGGCACCAUGUAUUUUAAAAGCAGAUUUUUUAAAUUAGAAGUUCGUUAUAAUUUUUCCAUGAGAAUUUUGUAAUAAAUCUACUGGAUUGACGGGUUGAGGGCUGCUGGCGUUACAUUUAUCAGUAUUGGUAAAGCCUAACCCCUGAGCCUGAGCCUGAUUGGUAUGAUCAUGGUCAAGAGGACGCUGUUAUUCUCAUUUAUAUGGUAUGUAACAGUUGACCUAGUAAGGAAAAAUUAGUUCCAAUGAAAUUCCGCAACAUGGCGCGUGAUCAUAUAUUACUGGUCAGGCUUUAGUAGUCUAGAUUAGUGGGUGUCUAUAUUGGUAUUAGCAUGAUCCUAAAAUGUAUGAUGUUUAUAAAAACCCUUUUGCUAAAUGUCCGUUAUGUACCUCUUCCAUUUUUGUUGUAGUAUCCAGCAAUAAGAGUAAGAAAAUUUGCAAUGUGUUAAAUAUUCCUACAGUCCCUUUGUGUAAGCAAGCUUGUUCUUUAAUUGAUUUCGCCGGUAAAAUUAUUUGCUGUAAGCAAAGUAAUUAAACCCAAAAGGGUUGAUGUUGUUGUAAUAAAAAUAUCCUAUA